GGUUAAGUCAUGGUAAACGUGCAUAUCAUUUCUCGUUCACCUUCCCCCAUCACCUCCUCUGUUCAUGUCCGUGUUCGAUUCGAUCCUAAAGUUGCCCACCCAUCAUCAACAUGGCUCUGUCGUUUCUAUCAUUUUCGAUUCUUGCUGUAUCUUUAAUCUUUGCUCGCCUUCUCCGCAAUUGGACGAAGCUCAGUAAAGCACCGGGGCCGAUCCUCGCGGGGUGUACGGAUCUGUGGAGGGCUUACUAUCAAUACAAUGGGAGACUGAGGGAGAAAAUAUUGGACUUGCACUCUCAAUUCGGGCCCAUCGUUAGAUAUGGCGUGCGUAGUAUCAGUAUUAGCGACCCGGAGGUUAUCAAUGUUGUCUACGGAAGUCGGACGGGGUUCAUCACGGCAGACUCUUACAAGGUUCUGGUAGCAAUACAGAAUGGUAAGGAGGUGCCAAGCCUUGUGAGCACAUCUGACGAAAAUCGCCAUGGUGCAUUGCGUCGAUCGGUAGCGAACGCCUUCACUCCCACUGCCGUGUUGGACUAUGAGAAGUGGAUUGAUGCUACGAUCGAAGAAUUAAUAGAUGUCAUCAGCAAGAAGGAAACCUUUGAUCUCUCAUCGAUGAUCCUUUGGUACACUAUGGACGCGGCCGGGCGGUUUUCUUUUGGUGAGCCGCUCGGAUGUCUUCGUGUCGAAGGUGAUGCGGAUGGCUCAAUACAGCUCGUCCGUGACCGUUUCAACCAUUGGGGGUGGUGGUCUUCGAUCCCAAAGCUUGAGAGAUUGAUAUAUCGUAACCCCCUCGCCGUGCGCCAGAAACUAGCAACGUCUCGUAUGGCGGGGGUGGCUUUAUCCAAAAUCAAGGCAAGGAGCGGUCAAUUGAAAACCGAGCCUGGUGAUAUAGAUCUUCUACAAAGAUUUCUCGAAGCUGGCAAAGCUCACCCGCAACUAGACGCCGCAGGUAUUGUAGGUAUGAUAAUGUCUACGAUAUCCGGAGCAGGCGACACGACAGCGACCACUGUGACGGCAGUACUUUACAACUUAAUCAAAAACCCGGAAUCGCUCGAGAAGCUCGAGGAUGAAUUGGUACGCGCGGAUCUGCCGCAAGUACCCGGGGCCUCACAAGUCAAUAAGCUGCCGUACCUAGAUGCUGUUAUCAAAGAGGGUAUGCGGCUAUUCAGUAUCACUACGUGGCCGAUGGAGCGGUUAGUACCUACGGGAGGCGUCACUAUCGCGGGAAUGUCCUUUCCAGAAGGCACGAGUGUAGGAUGCUUACCCCUGGCGGUCCAUCACAAUGUAGAGAUCUUUGGAGACGAUGCUCAUAUAUUUCGUCCCGAACGCUGGCUUAUUUCUGAUCGAGAAAAGCGCAGGCGCAUGGAGGCCGCCCAUAUGGGAUUUAGUAGGGGCCGUCGUAGUUGCUUGGGGCAGAAUAUUGCCAUGUUACAGAUGAAGAAGGUAAUUCCAGCUAUAUUGAUAAAAUAUAAGUUGAGCUUAGCCAAUCCAGAGGCAACCCUUGAUGCGGACUUCUCCCCUGGUGUAGCUUACCUUGAGCCGCUAUAUAUCAAGUCACAUCCUAAGCAAUGAUUCAAUAACAGGGUUAUGAUAAAAUUCUCCUUGAUAUUGAGCUCUUUAUGGAUGAACUGAUUGAAUUACAUGUUUUUUCUUUUUUUCUUUCUUUUUCUUUUCUUUUUCUUUUUGAAAAUGACUCGCUGUGUGUACCAACUGUAUAGGUCGCUAGCCGGCCUCAAUGUAAGCCCCUAUAUAAUCCAACCGCUUAAUACCUUGUGUACCUAAAAUAGAGUCUUUCAGAAUAA